AUGUCUCAGAAUUUAAUUUACAAAUCAUAGGAAGACAUCCAAUUUGAUGAAGACUUAGAAAAAAUAUUUGAUAAAUUCAUAGUUAAAUUAUGUUGUGCAUUGUUGAUGGAUUUUUUAGGAUUAUUAUUGAUGUUUUUGGUGUUGGACUUUUCUUUUUCAUCAUAUAUAUUUGGAUUCAGUUUAGUAAAUACAGUAUUUGAAUUAUUAAAAUUCAAUGACAUUAGAUAUCCUUUAAGAGGAUUAGUGGGAGUAUUGUGUAUGGUUUUGAGCAUAAUAGGAUUCCAUAUUAUUGGUUCAAUAUUAGCAGGAUUGAAAAAUAGAUAGAAUCCUAUAAUUUACAUGAAAGGUGCAUUCAAUCGAUAUAUAGGGAAGAUUAAAGAGGCAAAAUUUAAAAGGAAUUGAUUAAGUAAUUGUAUAGAGCU